AUGCAACAAUGGGUAGAUCGCGUGUCAAUGAACCCUAUAUUGUGCCACGAUGAAGAACUCAGGUCUUUUAUCGAGACUGAUUUCGUUUUUAUUCCCGCCACAAAACCAAGAAAGAGGUCUAGUGGUUUUAGAUUCAGAUUCUCUUCACAAGUGAAAGAUGAUGAUAUGAAUUUGGCUGAAGCUAAGACAAUCUCAAAUAUGCUUGAAGGUCAUUUUGUUGAUGUCUCUAAAAAUGUACAAAGGCUGUCUAAAGCACGAACAAGUUUGGCCAUAUGUAGCACAGAAUGUGGUAUCAAGUCCCAAGCUUUGGGUACUGUUGAAAAACAUCCGCCAUUGUCAAAUGGUCUUCGUAGACUUGGUAAGACACUUCAAAUUAUUGGUGAAUUACAAAGAUCACAAGCUAUUAGUGAAGCUGCAGCUAUCGGUGAUUUUUUUAGUUAUUAUGCAGUUAAUGCACAUAUAGAAACUUUGGCAAAUCGUCUUAGAAUAAUUACAGAACAUGAGAAUGCAAUGAAAGCCACCAUAAGUAAAAAACGGUACAUGGAACGUUUAAAAUCUUCUACAUCAAUAAAGUCUGAUAAAGCCGAAAAUUACGAACAAAACCUCGAUGCACGUGUCAAACGUGUAACAAAAAACCUUCACUCAGAAUUGCAAAAUUAUGAAAAUAAUCGUGCUCAAGAUUUCAUCAAAGCCAUCAAAGAAUAUGUGCACAAACAAAUCUUGUUUGAAAAACAGCAGCUGAAAGAAUUGGAAAAUUUGAGGCCUGAUAUUAAUGCUAUUACAAAACGAAAUAUGAGUAUUUAUAUGCUUGGAGAGGAAGAAAUUACACCAC